GUGUGUGAAAAAAGCGUGGUAAGCAGCGCUGCCUACCGAAAGUUCGUGCAAAACGCUGAAAUUACGUUGAAAAAACACACUAAUCGUGCUGUAAAGUAAAGAACUUCAUUCACUAACAAUAGUGCGAAGCCAUCGCAAUGUUAUUUGCAUGGUACAACGCGUAGCGACUGACUGGUAGCGAUUGGAAGCAUCGCUGCCCCACAAGCGCUUGGUGGUGUGCAAAAAAGAAGGGCGUUUGUUUUGUAGAUGUGUGCCGCCGUCGUCGCCACCACCACCACCAUCGGCGUCUAACACCCUCUCCGAUAUGGCUGCAAACUAUCCGGCAAACGCCGCCUCGCAGGCCGGCACGUCCCAAUCGCUCGACCCAACGCAGAUGGGUCACUUCCGCAGCUUCGUGACGAUGCUGGGCGAUGCCAGCUCGAAGGACGAGUUUAAGCUAAAGGCGGCGCAGGAGCUGAGCGAAAACUUCGAGCUCAUCACCCAGUCCAGCGGCUACCAGAACUUCCUCGAGCUGGCGAUGCGCGUCUUCCUGAAGGUGCUCCAGGACGGGGAGUCGAUGUUUAUUUCCGAGCUAAACAUGCAGCAAGUACGAAAACUUAUUCUGGAAAUGAUACACCGACUGCCCCAAAGUGAACUCGUGCGACCAUUCGUGAAGCCAAUCAUCAUUCUCACGAUAAAGCUGCUGCAGACGGAAAAUGAGGAAAAUGUGCUGGUUUGCUUGCGCAUCAUCGUUGACAUACACAAACAGUAUCGGCCACCGUACCACGCCGAAAUUAUGGACUUUCUGGCGUACCUGAAGAAAAUCUACACCGACCUGCCGAAGCACAUGGGCAUCAUGUUCGAACCGCGGGCUGCGAUCAAGGUGAAGGAUCUGAAGGAGCUGAACUUUGAAACACUGCUGCCGGACAUAUUUACCAUGACAAACAUCCAGCUGGAGAAGAAAACGGCCGAUGGGAAAACGACCACCGCUUCGUACAAUCUCAUCCCGAAAGGAAUCAACUCGCUGAAAGUGCUGCAAGAGCUGCCGAUCAUUGUAGUUUUGCUGUAUCAAAUUUACAAACAAAACCUUCACCAAGAGGUGGCCGAAUUUAUUCCACUAGUCAUGAGCACGAUCAGCCUGCAGCCAUCCCUUGCUCAUAAAAAUUCUCCCGGCUUUAACAAAGAAACGUACGUCGAUUUUAUGGGAGCACAGAUUAAAACGCUCACGUUUUCCGCUUACAUUCUGCGACUGUUCCCGGACGCGGUACAUACCCAUGCCUCGACGAUGGUGAAAGGCAUGAUAAAUCUGCUGGAAAGCUGCCCAAAGGAGGUGGCCAGUUUGCGCAAAGAGUUGCUGGUAGCGUCACGCCACAUCCUGCAGACGGAAUUUCGAAAUCAUUUUGUGCCAAUGAUCGAAAAGCUGUUCGAUGAUGAUGUGCUGCUGGGGAAAGGCUGGACGACGCAUGAAAAUUUGCGACCGCUCGCUUACUCCACGCUGGCCGAUCUGGUGCACCACAUCCGGCAGCAGUUGAGUUUGCAGGCGCUGUCGAAGGCGGUCCAUCUGUUUGCCAAAAACAUACACGAUGAAUCGUUGCCCACCAGCAUUCAAACCAUGUCCUGCAAGCUGCUGCUCAAUUUGGUCGAAUGCAUUCGGCUGAAGAGCGAGGUAGAGCCCGUGAUUGCGCGCGAUCUGCUCAUCACGAUGUUGCGCAUUUUUACGAUCAAGUUCCAAACCAUCUCGAAAGUGCAGCUGCCACAGUUGAUGGCAAAAUGGAAAGCGAAGCCCGCCGAGACAAGCGGCCCAGUCCCUGGGCAGGGUGAAAAUUUAGCCCGUGAUCUACUGAGCGGACCGGCGGACGGUACCGAUGGAUCGGCACAGAAAGCGACAAGCAUUGGACUACCAGCUCCAAGCACGCUCAAUGUGUCGGAGUAUCGCAGCCUCAUUAAGACGCUCGUGUGCGGUGUCAAGGCAGUGACCUGGAACUGUCCACCGCCCAGAACGGUCAACUCGAACGAACACCAGGGCCCAACAAAAAUAUUCAACCCAAGCGAAAUUCUCAUCUUCAUCGAUCUGUUCCACUGGGCGCUGGAAGCGCUGGACAUCUACACGAUCAAUGUUCCGGCGGCCGGUAUGGGCGGUGCGCAGGCCAUCCCAGUGCAGAAGCAAACCCUGCAGAUGCCACGCACCAAGGAGGAGAAAGAGGUUUUGGAACAUUUUAGCGGUGUGUUCCUCACGAUGGAUCCGCAAAACUUUCAGGAAAUUUUCACCGCCACUAUCGAUUUUAUGGUGGAUCGGCUGUACAAAAACACCACUCUGCAGGUUAUAGCAAACUCGUUCCUGGCCAACCCGAAAACGUCCCCCCUGUUCGCUACCGUGCUGGUGGAGUAUCUGCUCGAGCGGAUGGACGAAAUGGGAUCGAACAUCGAACGUUCCAACCUGUAUUUGCGUCUGUUUAAGCUGGUCUUUGGCAGUGUGAGCCUGUUUGCGGCCGAGAAUGAGCACAUGCUUCGGCCCCACCUGCACAACAUCGUCAACCGGUCGAUGGAGCUGGCAAUGACGGCCAAGGAACCGUACAACUAUUUCCUGCUGCUGCGCGCCCUGUUCCGUUCCAUUGGCGGUGGAUCGCACGAUCUGCUGUACCAAGAGUUUCUGCCACUGUUGCCGAACCUGCUCGAGGGGCUGAACCGCCUCCAGAGCGGAUUCCACAAGCAGCACAUGAAGGAUCUGUUUGUGGAGCUUUGUCUGACCGUUCCGGUGCGACUGUCCUCACUGCUGCCGUACUUGCCCAUGCUGAUGGAUCCGCUCGUGUCGGCACUAAAUGGAUCGCACACACUGAUAAGCCAGGGCUUAAGAACGUUGGAGCUUUGUGUGGAUAAUCUGCAACCGGACUUCCUGUACGAUCACAUCCAACCCGUGCGGGCGGAUCUGAUGCAAGCACUUUGGCGCACGCUCCGCAACCAGGACAGUGCGGCGAUCGUUGCCUUCCGCGUGCUGGGCAAGUUCGGUGGCGGCAAUCGCAAGAUGAUGAUCGAACCGCAAAAGCUGAAGUAUCAGGAAAACGAUCCAUCCAACCCGGCCGUGAUCGCCUACUUCCAGGACCAUCGCAAUCCGAUAAAUUUCGCCGUGGAUAAGGUCAUCGAAACGGCAUUCAACGCGCUGAAGUGUAGCACCACCGAUCCGUUCUACUGGCGCCAGAGCUGGGAGGUGAUUCGAUGCUAUCUGGCCGCCUCGAUCACGCUGGACGACGAUAAGCACACGUUGCAGAAGCUGUUCAUGCAUCCAAGCUUCACCGAGAACAACAUACAGUGCUCCCCGAACGUGGCAAACUACAUCGCGCCGGACAAGCGGGCCCGGCUGACGCACCAAACGGCACUGACGGGAAUGUUCGUGGCGGCAGCCACCAAGGAGCUGCGCGGUUCCGUACUGCCCACGAUGGUGGCCGUCGUGCGGCACUACACGAUGGUAGCGAUAGCGCAGCAGGCCGGCCCGUUCCCGCUACUCAAACACUUCCAGUGGUACAACGUCGGGAUGGAUCCGCUCGUGCUGAUCGAUGCGCUGGCCGAAAUCAUGGGCCACGAGGAGAAGGAACUGUGCAAGCCGGGCAAUUUGGCGAUGGUGCUGAUCCUCGAGACGGCCACCAACAUAAUGGGCUCGAAGGAGCGUGCCUGCCGGCUGCCGCUGAUGAACUAUCUCGGCGAGAAGAUGGCCGCCCUCUGCUACGAGCGACCCUGGUACUCGAAGAUGGGUGGCUGCAUUGCGCUCAAGUUCCUGUACCAGUACAUGGCGAUGCGUUGGCUGUACCAACAUACGUUCGUCUUUCUGAAAGCGUUCAUGUUCAUCAUCAUGGACCUGACGGGGGAGGUGUCGAGCGGUGCGAUCGAUAUGGCGCGCACGUUCCUGGAGAAGAUGUUGCGCAUCUGCAUGACCCCGCUGGAGAAGGAUUGCAAGAACGAGGAGCUGCUGGCUACGCAGAAGAAGGCAAUGCACGACGUGAUCCAUGAGCUGGUGCGGCAAGUUACGAGCCCGCACACGCUUGUCCGUGAAACGGCGAUGUCAUCGUUACGUUUGAUAGCAGAACUGCAGGAGAAAACGGUCACGGAGGUAAUGGACCCGCACAGAGAGGUGCUGGUAGACAUGAUACCACCCAAGAAGCACCUGUUGCGUCAUCAACCGGCCAGCGCUCAGAUUGGUUUGAUGGAUGGUAACACCUUCUGUACCACGCUGGAGCCACGGCUGUUUACCAUCGAUCUCAACGUGUUGACGCACAAAGUAUUUUAUCACGAAGUAUUGACACUGUCCGAUGCCGAGGAUGCUACACUGAACAAGCUGGAGUGUUACAAGACGGUCACAAACCUGGUACCGUUGCGCAAGAGCGCCCUGAACGCACUGGCCGCCUGCCACUACAUACCGAACGGGUGCCGGGAGAAGAUAUUCUCCAUCCUGUUCAAGGGCUUGGAGAAAAACAAUGCCGAGCUGCAGGAAGCCGCCUUCCUGUGCAUGAAAAACUUCCUGCAGGGCUGUACCGUCACCAAGGAAUCGAUCCACGCGGUCAUACGUCCCCUGCUGCUAAUGCUGGGCGAUUAUCGCAAUCUCACGCUCAGCGGAACACGCCGCCUGUCCUACCUGACGCAGCUGUUCCCGGCCAUGUUCAACGAGAAGCUGUGCGACUCGCUGCUGCAGAUACUGCGCAAAAUGCUGGAGCACACGAUUGCCAACAAUAAGGGCAACUUUUUGGCCACCUCCAAGACGAGCGAGAUGGAAAAGAAGAUCGUUACCAUACUGGGGAUCUUCCAGCAGAUACCGGCCGCAUCGCCCAAGUUCAUCGAAAGCUUGUGCAAGCUUAUACUGCAGGCGGAGAAAAGCUUGAUGAUCGAACCAUCGUCACCUUAUCGGCCGGCGUUGGUCAAGUUCCUGCUGCGCUACCCGAAGGAAACGAUCGACCUGCUGCUGACCGACGUCGUCAUGAAGGACGCUCAGUGGAAUCGGUUCACAAUCUUCCUGCUGCGGCACAAGGACGGUUUACCGUUCCGCAAUGCGGCACAGCUGAAGGGAUCGCGGCUGACGCAGCUCAUUCUGCUCAACUCAGAAUCGUCCACCGUGACGAAACCGUUCGAGGAGCGAUACGAAACGCAGCACCAGGCGGUCCUCAUCAUCCACACGCUGGUCGAGUUCGAUGGUCCGUGGAUAACGAGCCAAGUAGAGAUCAUUACCGCACUGAAGAGCAUCUGGAAGAACGAUUUGUAUAAGACGUGUCAAGUGGCGGUGGUUUGUGAUCUGUGGCAUUUGAUCGCAAAGAUCCUGAUCGAAUACUUUUCCUACAACACCAACGAGAUUCUGCUGCUGUUCCAGCUGCUCCGUGCGCUUUGUCUGCGCUUUGUGCCCGACUUUCAGUUUAUGCGCGACUUCCUGCAAAACACCGUCUGCCAGAGCUACACGGUCGAGUGGAAGCGAAAGGCAUUUUUCCAGUUUGUCGAAGUGUUCCCUAGCCCGGAACUGGCGCAGGAUCUGAAGGCCAAAAUUCUGAUGAUGAUCAUCAUUCCGAGCUUUGCGUUGAGCUUCGAGAAGGGCGAAGGGAACAAACUGGUUGGCGCUCCUCCGGCCCCGUACCAGGAAGAUGACAGCAAUGUGGUGUCGGUGUUCAUCAACAAGGUGAUCGAUCCGGACAAACCGUUCGCCAACGAGGAUUGCGUGCGCAUUGCGCUGCUACAGUUUGCCAGUUUGCUGGUGGAGAAGGCCUCGCCGCACAUACACGAUGGAGAUGCCAACAACAAGCGCGAGGGCAACAAGCUGCGCCGGCUGAUGACAUUCGCGUGGCCCUGUCUGUUGCCGCGCAAUUGUGUCGAUCCGUCGGCGCGCUAUCAUGGGCAUCUGCUGCUCAGCCACAUCAUUGCACGGCUUGCCAUCCAUAAGCGCAUCGUGCUUCAGGUGUUUCACUCACUGCUAAAAGCUCACGCCGUGGAAGCGCGACGCGUGGUACAGCAAGCACUGGAGGUGCUCACCCCGGCCAUGCCGCUGCGCAUGGAGGACGGCAACACGAUGCUAACGCACUGGACGAAGAAGAUCAUCGUGGAGGAGGGCCACUCGAUGCAGCAGCUCUUCCACAUCCUGCAGCUGAUCGUGCGCCACUACAAGGUGUACUAUCCGGUGCGCCAUCAGCUCGUGCAGCAGAUGAUCAACUCGAUGCAAAGGCUGGGAAACGUCGGCAACACGUCGACCGAGUAUCGCAAGCUGACGAUCGAUCUGGCGGAAGUCGUCAUCAAGUGGGAGAUGCAACGCGUAAAGGACGAAUCGGACGAGGCGGCAGCGGCAGCAGCGGCGGUAGGCGAGGGAACCGGUGUGCCCGGCGCCGACGAGUCAAUGGAAAUGGGAGCGACCGGUGGGGCGGAUGGAACGGAUUGUCCCGAUGGGCCGAACAAACUGCAGUCGAGUGGCGCUGUCAAGCGCACCGCUUCCGGUAUCGAUGACGAUGGGGCGGGAGGCAUCAAGAAGAAGCAGGCCGUAGGUGACACGGAUCCGCAGCCCUCCUCGAGCUCGGGCUCGGGUGGCAAAACGGACGGUGUCAAUCGGUCCAUCGACCGAGCGCAGCUCGAUACGGUUUUAAACUUCCUCUUCCGCAUGGCGUGUCAAAUCAACGAUGUAACGCCCGGAGCCCACGGUAUCGUGACCCCCGGGGACAAUCUUUCCCGCCGCUGCGUGAAUCUGCUUAAGCUGGCCAUUAAACCGGACACGCCCGUCGAUCUGAAGCUGGUCUGGCUGGACAAGGUGCUGCAGAACGUGGACACGCAGCCGGCAAGCAUCGGCAACAUCUGUACGGCGCUCGAGCUGCUCACCUUCCUGCUGGGGGUGCUGAAGAAGGACCAAAUCCUGAACAUGCUGCGGCCGCUGCAGCGCGGCCUGUCCGCCUGCGUUACCUGCUCGAACACGCGCGUCAUCAAGCUGAUGCACGGGCUGCUCUCUCGCCUGAUGGCCAUCUUCCCGACCGAUGCGCACCACAAGUGCGACGAGCUGGAGAUACUGUACACCACGAUCUCGCGCAUGAUCUACGACGGGCUGGCGACGUACGAAAAGUCAUCCCAGGCGAAUCCUUCCUCCCUGUUCGGUACGCUCAUGACGCUGAAGGCGGCCUGCUCCAACAAUCCGGGCUACAUCGAUCGGCUCAUCUCGCCCUUCAUGCGGCUGCUGAACCGCCUCACCAAGGAGCAUCUGACCGGGUUCGGUGCGAUGGGUGGGCUCGGCGGAGCGGCCGGUCCGGGCGGCAUCGUUGGAGGUGGUGCGGGCGGCGCCGGUGCUAUCGGUCCCGGUGGGGCCGGCGGGCUCGGUGCGGGUGCGUCGAUGAGCGACGUGGCGAACACCAGCUCCAUCGCGCUCGAGCUGCUGGUCGUGUCGCUCGAUUUGGUAAAGAACCGGGUGGUCGUGAUGAGCGUCGAGAUGCGCAAAAUGUUUAUCGGCGCCAUACUGGUCGGGCUGAUCGAGAAGAGCAGCGACUCGAAGGUUAUCAAGGCGAUCGUGAAGAUCAUCGAGGAGUGGAUGAAGAACAACAAAAACACCCCCGUGACGGUGCAGCAGGCACCGACGCUGCGCGAGAAAGCGAUCCUGCUGGUGAAGCUGAUGCAGUACGUGGAGAAGCGCUUUUCGGACGAUCUCGAGCUGAACGGGCAGUUCCUGGAGCUGGUGAACUACAUCUACCGCGACGAGGUGCUGAAAGCGACCGAACUGACGUCGAAGCUGGAGGCCGCGUUCGUGGCCGGUUUGCGCUGCCCGGUGCCGCGCAUCCGGGCCAAGUUCUUCGAGGUGUUCGACGGGUCGAUGCGUCGCCGGCUGCACGAUCGGCUGCUGUACAUUAUCUGCUCACACUCGUGGGACUCGAUCGGGCAGCACUACUGGAUCAAGCAGUGUAUCGAGCUGUUGAUACUGACCGCCAAUACGACCACGCAGAUACAGAACAGCGUGGAAAACCAUCUCCUCCCAAGCAUAUCUUCGGUGAUCAAUCUUGCCGAUGCGGAAGAGCGCAAAAACUUUGUCAUCUACACGACGAUCCACAACGAUACGACCGAUUCGUUCGAUCCGAUCGAGGACAAGGAGGACGCGUUCGACAUGGACAUGAGCGUGGAUUCGAACAUUUCGCGGCACGAGGAAAGCGAACGCCCCGUGGCCAACCGACACGCGGCGCUCGCAAAGCUGAUCAGCCGGCAGGCCGAGUUUAUGGAAGCGAAUCGGAAGGUGCGCACGGAGCAGCUGCUCGUAGCGACGGCCCAGCUCUGCCACAUGGACACGCAGCUGGCGGAGAAGGUGUGGCUCGAUAUGUUCCCGAAGCUGUGGGAAAUUCUGGACCCAAUCCAGCAGCAGUCGCUCGAUCGCGAAAUCAUUCCGUUCCUUGCGUCCGGCGCCCACAUCAUCCAGCGGGACUGCAAUCCGAGCGCGAUGCACACGUUCGUGGAAGCGCUGGCGCAGUGCCAGCCGCCGGUGUACAUGCCGCCCAAUCUGAUGGGCUACCUGGGCCGUGCGCACAACCUGUGGCACCGGAUGACGCUGAUGUUGGAAUCGCUGGCGGACGAUUGGGCUAACGUGAAGGAUCUGCUGCCCGAUUGUGUCGAUCAGGACGAUCAGGGUAUGCGGGACUGCUCGAUCGUGCGCGAACCACUGUCGCAGAUGUAUUCGGCGCUGCACGAGGAAGAUCUGUGGGCCGGGCUGUGGCAGAAGUACGCCAAGUAUGCGGAAACGAGCCGUGCGAUUGCGCACGAGCAGAUGGGAUACUUCGAGGAGGCGCAGAGCAUCUACGAUGCGGCCAUGAUGCGGUUCAAGCAGGACCUGAGCAACGGGCAAACGCCGACCGACAUGAACAGCGAGAUGCUGCUGUGGGAAAACCACUGGAUACGGUGCGCGAAGGAGCUGAACCAGUGGGACAUCCUGAUGGACUACGGGCAGCUGUGCCGGGACAAGAACACGUACCUGAUCAUGGACAGUGCGUGGCGCGUGCCGGACUGGAGCUUGAUGAAGCAGGCGCUGCUGAAGGUGGAGCAGUCCUGUCCGAAGCAGGUCGGCUACAAGAUCAACCUGUACCGCGGCUAUUUGGCGAUUCUGAACCAGGAAGAUCCGCAGCACGCGGGCAGUGCCGUGUCGGUCGAGCGGUACGUCGAGAUGGCGUCCGCUUACUGUAUGCGCGAGUGGCGCCGACUGCCACCGAUCGUGUCCCACAUCCAUCUGCCGAUUUUGCAAGCCUCGCAGCAGAUCAUGGAGCUGCAGGAGGCCAGCCAGAUCCAUCAGGGGCUGCUGCAGCAUCGGACCACGUCGCUGCACGACAUGAAAGCGAUCGUGAAGACGUGGCGCAACCGGCUGCCCGUCAUUGCGGACGAUUUGUCGCACUGGAGUGACAUUUUCACGUGGCGCCAGCACCACUAUCAGAUCAUCACGUCGGCGCUGGAGCACAACAACGAACCGAACGCACAGUGCAUGCUGGGGGCACACGCGUCCGCCCAGACGAUCAUUCACUUCGGUAAGAUAGCGCGCAAGCAAAAUCUGACCAGCGUGUGCCAGGAUUCGCUGUCCCGCAUCUACACCAUCCCGUCCGUGCCGGUGGUCGACUGUUUCCAGAAAAUAAGACAGCAGGUAAAGUGCUGCCUGCAGAUGGCGUCGGUCACGAGCCGGGCCGAGCUGUCGGAAGCGCUGGAAGUGAUCGAACCGACCAAUCUGGAAUACUUCACCAAGGAAAUGACGGCGGAGUUCUACGCACUGAAGGGUUUGCUGCUCGCCCAGACCGGUCGCUCCGAGGAGGCAAACAAAGCGUUCAGCGCGGCCACCCAGCUGCACGAUACGCUCAUCAAGGCGUGGGCCUUCUGGGGCGACUAUCUCGAGCACAUCUUCACGCGCGACUAUCGGCAGAUUCAUCUGGGCGUGUCGGCGGUAACCUGCUUCCUGCACGCCUGCCGCAGCCAGAUCGAGAGCAAAUCGCGCAAAUACCUCGCCAAGGUGCUUUGGUUGCUGUCGUACGACGACGAAAAAUCAUCGCUGCUCGAUGCGCUGGACAAGUACGCGGUGGGUGUACCGCCCGGCCAAUGGGUACCGUGGAUUCCGCAGCUCCUCUGCAGUCUGGUACAGUACGAGGGCAACGUGAUCAUGAAUCUGCUCAGCCAGGUGGGCCGCAUGUUCCCGCAGGCCGUUUACUUCCCGAUCCGUACGCUCUACCUUACGCUCAAGAUCGAGCAGCGCGAACGGUACAAAAGCUUGGAGCAGCAGCAGGCUUCCAUUGUGCAGAAAGCCUCGAAGGAAGGUGCCGCAACGCCCGGUACAGCUGGUGCAACGCCGGGCAGUGCUCCUGGAUCGACACCGACCGCUUCCGCGGAUGUAACGUCCACCUCCGCCACGGGAGCACCGGCAGCUGCGGUUGCCGCUGGGGCUGCAGCAGGUACGCCAACGGGUGCAGCAACUCCCGGCGGUGCGUCUGCAACACCGGGUGCUGCUCAGCAGGCUGGAGGACCGGCAGCAGGUGCCAGUGCAGCCACCACUACCCCUAUCCGGGCCACCCCACCAAUGUGGCGCUGCUCAAAGAUUAUGCAUCUGCAGCGCGACAUCCACCCGACCGUGCUGAGCUCGCUCGAGGGCAUCAUCGACCAGAUGGUGUGGUUCCGGGAGAACUGGUACGAGGAGGUACUGCGCCAGCUGCGCCAAGGACUUACCAAGUGUUACGCGAUCGCGUUCGACAACCGUGGAGCGGUGAACGAGGCGACCAUCACGCAGCACACGCUAAACUUCAUCAAGAAGCUGGUUUCUACGUUCGGCAUCGGAAUUGAAAACAUUUCCAGCUCCGUCUCAGCAACGUUUGUGUCGGCCGCAUCGGAAUCGCUGGCACGGCGUGCACAGGCCACCGUACAGGAUCCCGUCUUCCAGAAGAUGAAGGGUCAGUUUACGAGCGAUUUUGAUUUCUCGCAACCGGGCGCCAUCAAGCUGCACAAUCUCAUCAUGAAGCUAAAGAUGUGGAUCAAAAUUCUCGAGGCCAAAACGAAACAGCUGCCGAAAUCCUUCCUGAUUGAGGAAAAGUGUCGCUUUCUGUCCAACUUUAGCCAGAAGACGGCCGAGGUAGAGCUGCCGGGCGAGCUGCUGCUGCCGAAGAAUUCGCACUAUCACAUUCGCAUCGCCCGCUUCAUGCCGCGCGUCGACAUCGUCCAGAAGCACAAUACGGCCGCCCGGCGUCUGUACAUCCGCGGCACGAAUGGCAAAAUCUAUCCGUACCUCGUGGUGAACGAUACCGGCAUUGCCGAUGCGCGGCGCGAAGAGCGCUUGCUGCAGCUGCUGCGCAUGCUCAACUCCUACCUGGUAAAGCGCAAGGAAACGUCCCGUCGCUUCCUCUACCUAACCGUACCGCGCGUCGUUGCCGUCUCGCCCCAGAUGAGGCUGGUCGAGGACAAUCCGGCCAGCGUGUCCCUGCUCGAGGUGUACAAAUCGUGCUGCACGAAGCUGAACAUCGAGCACGACGCACCGAUCACCCGGUACUACGACCGGUUGGCCAAAAUACAGGCACGCGGUUCGCCCACGAAUCACGUCAUUCUGCGCGACAUUUUCAAGGAAACGCAGGCGCAGAUGGUGCCCAAAACGCUGCUCAAGGACUGGGCCGUCCGGACGUUCCCGUGCGCCACCGAUUACUGGCAGUUCCGGAAGAUGUUUACCCUGCAGCUGGCCCUGUCCUGUCUGCUGGAGUACGCGCUCUGCCUGACCCGGCUCAACCCGGACAUGAUCUAUCUGCACCAGGACUCGGGGCUGAUGAACGUGUCGUACUUCCGCUUCGAGAUGGACGACAGUACGGGCUUUCUGGACGUGAACCGGGCGGUACCGUUCCGCCUGACGCCCAACAUUACCGAGUUUGUGUCGUCGAUCGGUGUGGCUGGGCCGCUGACGGCGUCCGCCGUCGCGACGGCACGCUGCUUCAUCCAGCCCAGCUUCAAGCUGACGACGAUACUGAAGGCGAUACUGAAGGACGAAAUCAUUGCCUUCCACAAGAAGCGGCUGAACGAUGAGAAGGUACUGGUCGAUCAGUCGGCUGGUGGUGGUGGAGCAUCUACCAUCAUUUCGUCCACAACACCGGUCACUUCGAGCACGGCUGGAGCGGCGGGGCAGGCUGGUACAGCGACGAUACCGACCGAUCAGGACAACGCGUCGAUCGAUAUCGAUGCGGAAACGAUCAUCACGACGGUGAACAAGGCGGUCGGUACGAUUAUGGGCCGGUUGAACAAUCUGUCCCGCAUCGACAGCGGGGAAUCGAACCGCAUGAGCACGUUCGUACAUUUGGCCACCAAUCCGGAGAACCUGUGUCUGAUGGAUCCGGCAUGGCAUCCAUGGUUGUAAAUGCUAAUCCCUUUCAAUAGCGUUAAGAAGCUAAUUUAAGAAAGCAAAAUGAAUAAGUAAGUUUGAAAGUGUAAUAUGAUUGUGCUAAUAAUAAGGACGAAAGAAAACGAUCUUAAAUAGAAAUAAAGAGAGUGAACGAAA